GGGGAAGGGUGGGGGGGCAACGCUGAGCCCCGAGCAGCUCGGUGCAUGCGGUGGGGACAGGAAGGAGCUGGGGACCCCCCCCCCCCCACCGUCGCCCCGCACCCUCCCCGUUGGCCGGCGCUGGGUGCUGGGGAAGGGUUGCGAAAGCGCCGGACACCCCCCGUCCCCGUCCCCCCCCCCCACCACCACCACCACCCCGGGCAUUGGGCAAUCGCCGAGCUGCCGGCACCCGUGCGCCGAGUUGUGGCCGGGUCUCAGCCCCCCCCACCAACAUCCGUCCGGCCGUGUCCCCCCCUCCACCACCACUUCAUCUCCGGGGGGGGGGGGGCCGUGACGCACCCAGCGGGGGUGAAUCAGCCCCGGGCAUGCGGGGGGGGCCCCGGCCGGGCCUCCGGGGUGGAGCCGUGCGGCCGGAAAACAGGGAAAGUGGAGAAGGAAGGGGGCAAAAAAGGGGAAAAAACCGAUUUUCCCCGGCAGGGGUGACGCAGGAGCCGGGGGGGGGGGUCGCCCGUGUCCCCGGGGAGGGGGGAAACUGAGGCAGGGCGGGCGGCGGGGAGGGCCCGGCGACGUCACCGUGACUCAGCCCCCGCAGGAUGGGUCCCACGGCCCUUCAUAAGGCGGCGGGGCCGGCGGCCGGCCCGCGAGCGACGCCAUGGCCGCCUUCCUCCUCCUCCUCCUCCUCACCGCGCCGCCGCUCCGCCUGGCCGCCGGUGCCGGCGCGGAGGCGGCCGCCGGCCCCCGCGAGCCCCCGGCCCAGGUGAGGCUGCCGCCGCCGCUGGACCUGGAGCAAGCCCUGCGGCUGCCCGUGGCACUGCAGGAGGAGCAGGACCCGCCGCCGUCACUGCCGCCGCCGCUGCCGCCGCUCCGGGGCAGCAACCUGGCGGCCUUCCCGCCCGCCCGCCCCGCCGCCGCCGCCGCCGCCGAGCUCUGCCGCCCGCCGCCCGCCGUCGCCGACCCGCCGCCCACCGGCUUCUCCCACCUGCGGCGGCAGGCGGAGGCUCUGCGGCGCCUGGCCGGGCGCCUGGCCGACUGCUGCCGCCGGCCCCGGCCCCUGCCCUGCGCCCAGCGCGCGUGGGCCGAGGUGCUGGAUGAUUUCUGCGCCGAUGAGUUCGCGGUGAAGACCCGGCACUACCACUGCUGCAAGCGCCGCGGGGCCGAGCGCCAGCGCUGCUUCGAGGAUGAAGCCGCCGACGCCGGCACCGGCCCGGCCGCCGCGCUGGGGUCUCCGGCGGCCUCCGUGGCGGCCUCCCCCUCUGCACCACCGUUGCCGCCGCUGCUGCCCGCCUUCCCCCCCGGCGAGCCCACGGCCGCCAACAUGGACAACGUGUGCCGCCUGCGCCGCUUCCGGCCCGUGCACCGGCCCGAGGCCUUCCCGCCCUCCGGCUUCGGCCCCGCCAAGAGCCGGGCGCGCGCCCUGGCCCGCCUGGAGCGGGGCUACGCGGGCUGCUGCCGCGCCGGCGGCCUCGAGUGCGCCCGCACCGCCUGGCGCCAGGCGCUGGGGCGGUUCUGCGAGGAAGAGUCCGCCGUGAAGACGAAGCAGCACCGGUGCUGCCGGCAGGGCGGGGGCGAGUCGCGCUGGCGCUGCUUCGCCGCCGAGGCCCCGCACCCCGGCUACGACCGCGAGCUGCGCAACGUCAGCCUGGCCCGCCUGAGCCCCCCGCUGCUCCGCGCCCUCUGCGGCCCCGCGCGCCUCCUCACCAAGCAGAAGCCAGUCCCGGCCCUGGUGCAGAGCAUCACGGCGGCGUGCUGCCCGCACGACGAGGCCCAGCGAGCCGCCUGCGCCGAGAACGAGAAAUCCCGCGCCAUCGCCGCCCUCUGCUCCUCGGAGCGCGGCUCCUGGAAGGAUCCGGCGCGCUGCUGCUCGGCUGCCUCCGCGCAGGACCGCCAGCGCUGCUUUGACGCCGGCUACCUGGCCAGCGUCUCGCUGGCCACGGCGACCCCCGAGCUGCUGCCCCCGCUGCAGGAUUAGGCCCCCUCGCCCGCCCCGCCGCGGCCAGCGGCUCCCAGGGCUCAAUAAAGCCUUUGCCCAGGAGCCUGGCUCUGCCUGCGCCCUCA